GAAAACAAAACCUCACCUCGUUGUUGAUCCAGAGAACUGGAGCGGCGCACCACACAUUGCCGGCGUCUUCGUUCCUUGGACUUUCAUUUCACUUCUACCAGUUCAAGGGUGGAGUUCCUAUUCUUGGAUUCUCCAAGUCGAUUUCUCUCUUCGCUUUAAAUGUCUCGCAGAGCUGGCGUUCCUAACGGCGCCGAGCAGAAGCAGGUCUCGAGCAUGGCGGACGGAAGUCAAGAAAAGCAAAAGAAGCUGCUUGCUUCAGAAACCGGCCAUUUUUCCAUGAUCAAAGCACUGCACCUUGCAGACCUUAUCACUGAGCUGAACGGCUUUUGCGGGAUCAUGUCAGUUUUUGCCUCUCUGCGCUAUUGUCUUGGUGAGCCUAGCGAUUUUGGAAAUCUCUGGGCUGCUUUAGCGUUCAUGCCCUUUGGCCUUUUCUUCGACUUUAUGGAUGGAAAGGUUGCGAGAUGGAGGGGCAAAUCAUCCUUGAUGGGCCAGGAGCUUGACUCUCUUGCAGACUUGAUCUCUUUUGGCGUAUCACCGGCAGUAGCCGCCUUCGCUAUUGGCCUUCGCACACCAGUCGACCAUUUCCUACUUUCGUUCUUUGUUCUCUGCGGGCUUACUCGUCUGGCACGCUUCAAUGUCACCGUCGCUGCUUUGCCAAAGGACAAGACCGGCAAGUCCCAAUACUUUGAAGGUACCCCGAUUCCAACAACGCUUUCUAUCGCCGCGGUCAUGGCAUAUUGGGUUCAUCGCGGUUGGGUUUUGGAAAAUGUCCCGCUAGGACUUGUUGCACAGGGAACCAGUCUCGCUUUUCACCCCGUUUCUUGCAUGUUCGUCAUCAGUGGUUGUUUGAUGGUCAGCAAAACGAUCCAUAUUCCUAAGCCUUAAAGUCCUCUUUUACUUUGAAGGCUGGUUUCUGGGUAGAGUCUUGGACUAGACACCAGCAAGGAUGCAAACAAUUCCUUUGAAUAAAAAGAAAUGCUCUUUUUCCCACCCGUUUUAAAAAGCCCCAUUUAAGGCAUCCAUUAGGCAUAUUAUUAUGAUAGGCUACAAAAGAGGGGACGUACUACACUAGUAGUCAGGUCCUGAGAAAUGUCACUUUCAUAGUUGGAUCGAGAAAUUUCCUGGCCAAAUCGCGUUAAGCCUCCACUCGUGGGAGGUUUGAGCCAGAAGAAGCGUAGACUUGUCGCCUAAAUACCCGGAG